AGAGGCACGCUUAGGACUUCCCUCACUGAGAUCUCAUUGUGGUUUCAACGUGAGGAACAGCACACUUUGACUUCUCCCUUCCCCCCAAAAAGACAAAACAAGAACAUGCGUGAGUGUAUUUCCAUCCACGUGGGCCAGGCUGGGGUCCAGAUGGGCAACACAUGUUGGGAGCUGUACUGUCUGGAGCACGGUAUCCAGCCGGACGGCCACAUGCCCAAAGAUAAGCCCACCGGAGGCUACGACGACUCCUUCACCACCUUCUUCAGUGAGACCGGCACUGGGAAAUACGUCCCUAGAGCCAUCUUUGUGGACCUGGAGCCAACUGUCAUUGAUGAAGUCCGAACCGGAACCUACCGUCAGCUUUUUCACCCAGAGCAGCUGAUCUCUGGGAAGGAGGAUGCAGCAAACAAUUACGCCCGAGGCCACUACACUGUUGGAAAGGAGCACAUCGAUUCUGUCCUUGACAGAAUCCGCAAACUGUCUGACCAGUGCACAGGGCUUCAAGGUUUCCUGGUCUUCCACUCCUUUGGAGGAGGAACGGGCUCCGGCUUCACCUCUCUGCUCAUGGAGCGCCUAUCCGUAGACUUUGGCAAGAAGUCUAAGCUAGAGUUUGCCAUCUACCCAGCUCCUCAGGUGUCCACAGCUGUGGUGGAGCCGUACAACUCCAUCCUGACCACACAUACCACCCUGGAGCACUCCGACUGUGCCUUCAUGGUAGACAACGAGGCGAUCUACGACAUCUGCCGCAGGAACCUAGAUAUUGAGCGCCCGUCUUACACCAACCUGAAUCGCCUGAUCAGUCAGAUAGUCUCCUCCAUAACCGCCUCUCUGCGCUUUGAUGGAGCCUUGAACGUGGAUUUGACGGAGUUCCAGACCAACCUGGUGCCUUACCCUCGUAUCCAUUUCCCUCUGGCCACCUAUGCCCCAGUUAUCUCCACAGAGAAGGCCUAUCACGAGCAGCUGACUGUGGCAGAGAUAACCAACUCCUGCUUUGAACCAGCCAAUCAGAUGGUGAAAUGUGACCCCCGGCAUGGCAAGUACAUGGCUUGCUGCCUGCUGUAUCGUGGCGACGUGGUGCCCAAAGACGUCAACGUAGCCAUCAGCAACAUCAAAACUAAACGCAGCAUCCAGUUCGUGGACUGGUGUCCCACUGGUUUCAAGGUGGGCAUCAACUACCAGCCCCCCACCGUGGUUCCUGGAGGAGACCUGGCCAAGGUGCAGAGGGCUGUGUGCAUGCUGAGCAACACCACCGCCAUCGCCGAGGCCUGGGCUCGACUCGACCACAAGUUCGACCUGAUGUACGCCAAGAGGGCCUUCGUCCACUGGUAUGUUGGUGAGGGGAUGGAGGAGGGAGAGUUCUCAGAAGCCAGAGAGGACAUGGCCGCCCUGGAGAAGGAUUACGAAGAAGUUGGCAUCGACUCUUUGGAAGGCGAUGAAGAGGAAGAAGAGUAUUAAAACUGAGGGCAGACAUGCACUCUUACAGGCUUGAUCGAAUGGUGUUUAUUUUUUAAUCAAAUUUCUAAUAAAGCUGUUCCCACCUA